CUCCUCAGACUAUUCACUCUUCCCCUUUUCUCCCUUUCCUUCCACUCUUGCCCCUCUCCCUUCCCCUCCCUCCCCCUCCCUUCCCCCCUUCCUUUCCCCUUUCUUCGCCAUCCCAUCCUUCCCUCCAUCCUUUCUCCUACCUCCCUUCCCCGGCCUAGACGAUGCCGUGGUGGAGACAGCGGAGGAGGCCACGGAGCCCGCCGAGGCGGACAUCACGGGGCUGUGCCAGGACAUGUUCUCCAAAAUGGCCACGUACCUGACGGGCGAGCUCACAGCUACCAGUGAAGACUAUAAACUUCUGGAAAAUAUGAACAAACUGACUAGCUUGAAGUAUCUAGAAAUGAAAGAUAUUGCAGUAAACAUAAGUAGAGACCUAAAGGACUUAAACCAGAAAUAUGCAGCACUUCAGCCUUAUCUGGAUCAGAUCACUCUAAUUGAGGAGCAAGUAGCAGCUCUUGAGCAGGCAGCUUACAAAUUGGAUGCAUAUUCAAAGAAACUAGAAGCAAAGUACAAGAAGUUAGAGAGGCGAUGA